UCUCUCUUUCGGAGGAAGAAAUGAAGAAUAGUCGUAUGCUCAUGGGUCACCUCUGUUUGCCAAAACUAGAGCUCUCAAAAUCUCUUCGGAGUCGCCAUCUUUGUAACAAUAUUUCAGCUGUUUCUUGCUUGUAAGUUCUUAUACUAGCUUCCUCAUCUCUUUUUUGUUGUUUCUGCUAUGUGGGUUUGCAGUUUCUAAGUUGUAUAGAAAUAUAUGUUCUCGGUUUGGUUUGUCUUUUUAAAUUAUCAAUCUGUAAAGACCAUAUAAAGUAUUCAUUUCGGUGUGAUUUACAAACUGGGUUUUUGUGGGUCUUUGGUUUCUAUCUCUCUAAAGAAGAAAUAGGCAAGAAUUUGGCCUGUUUCAGGGGAGCUGUUUUGUGGGUUUUUGGUGUUUUUGUAGUUCCCUGCUUAUAGAAUAUCAAGUUGGUAUAUUGAUAAGCGAUACUGUACUAAAAGCAGUGGAUGGAAUCUUCUUUGGUGCAUGUUGGAUUGAAUUUGGAUUUUUAGAAGGGGUUUUGUGUGAAUUUUAUGUUCUGUAAUUAUAUGUUAUGAGGAUUUUAUGGACAAGGCAUUGGUGCUUCACUUUGGUGUAAUUCUGGAUUUGAUUUAAUUCGAAGCUUUUGGAAGAGGAUAAGUACUCUGGAUUGAGAUUUGGGUCAUUUGUUGUUGUUCAUAAAUAAUAGUCAUCUGGUGACAUAGCAUAGACAAGGAACUGCAUAUUGGAACCAGGGCCGCCUCAUUGUUUGUCAAGGGUUCAGAUAUUGUGUCUAAGAGAGAAAGAUGCAAAGGGUCCGAUUGUCUUCCCAACAGGCGCCUGUACACAAGCUGGGGGAUUCCCAAAUAACAUUAUCCCCCAAAUUUAGGUUAGCAGUUAUGCAAUCUUCUUUGUUAAAUCCUUCAACAGAUUUAGAGUUAACUCUCAGGGGAGAAUCCCUCAUUCCGGGCCUUCCUGAUGAUGUUGCACUCAACUGUCUUCUCCGGCUUCCAGUCCAGAGCCAUGCAUCCUGCAAAGCUGUCUGCAAGCGGUGGCAUCUACUGCUCGGUCGUAAAGAUCGAUUUUUCAGCCGAAGAAAGGAAUUGGGCUUCAAGGACCCUUGGCUCUUUGUCUUUGCCUUCCACAAGUACACUGAAAAGAUUCAGUGGCAGGUUCUUGACCUUACUCACUUCUCUUGGCAUACUAUCCCAGCAAUGCCUUGUCCUUGCAAGGUUUGUCCCCGUGCAUUUAGGUGUGUUUCAAUCCCCCACGAGGGAACCCUGUUUGUUUGUGGGGGUAUGGUUUUUGAUGUAGAGUGUCCCCUCGACUUGGUUCUGAAAUAUGAGAUGCAGAAGAACCGUUGGACUGUGAUGAAUCAAAUGAUCACUGCUAGGUCAUUCUUUGCGAGUGGCGUCAUCGAUGGGAUGAUUUAUGCGGCUGGAGGAAACAGCUCAGAACUUUUUGAGCUUGACUCAGCUGAGGCUAUGGAUCCUGUUAAGGGGAAUUGGUGUCCCAUUGCGAGCAUGGGAACAAAUAUGGCCUCUUAUGAUGCAGCAGUGCUGAAUGGGAAACUUCUUGUGACAGAAGGCUGGUUAUGGCCAUUCAAUUUCUCUCCCAGGGGUCAGGUCUAUGAUCCUAGAACAAAUAAUUGGGAGAGUAUGGCAGCCGGGCUGAGAGAAGGUUGGACGGGUUCAAGUGUGGUGGUUUAUGGGCACUUGUUUGUCGUUUCAGAGCUUGAAAGAAUGAAGCUUAAGGUUUAUGACACAGAUACAGAUUCCUGGGAAACAAUAGAAGGCCCUCCUUUACCAGAACAAAUAUGCAAACCUUUUGCCGUGAAUUCCUGUGAUUGCAGAAUCUUUGUUGUGGGUCGGAACCUUCAUGUUGCUGUUGGUAAUAUCUCAAGGCUCCCCCAAAAGGGAUCUUGCAAUAAAAAGUGGACAUUUUUUGUUCAAUGGCAGAUUGUGAACGCACCAGAAAGUUUAUCUGACUUGACACCAUCAAGCUCUCAGGUUCUGUUUGCGUAGGUUUUCAAUUCUCUGUCUGUAUUGUGUUCUGUAUGAUGUUCAAUAAUUGUUAUUUAUAUGAAAAUAUAAAAGCUGUAGGGUGGAAAUGCCUGUGCUCAAAAGGCUCUCGAAUAUAUAUUAGAAUGAAUGUAUCAACUAUAUGAUUUUAUCUGUGUUCUUUUCUUUA